AUGCGAUUUCCGGAAUUCCAUUACAAGUCCCCAAGAGCCUGUGAAGUUGAAUUGGACAACAUUUCAGUUUCGAGUUCACCUACCUACAAUUUUGAUUUAUCAAUUUUUUUCUAUCAAACGUCAUAUGAAAAGCAUUUAGCCGAGAAUCAUGCUCGAUGCUAUGAAAAAAGUAUUAGAAAGCUUCAAUAUUAA